UAUCCGUGCUACAUAUAAAUUCCCAGGACAUUGGGCAUUGUUUAUCAUGAAUGUGAAACCCAUCGGCAGGAGUUUCUACGGUUGUUGCAAUCCAGCGAGACAGGCAUUUCCUAGAGUUUCGCUCAUCUCACAGCCUUCAGCACGAAUAGCAUUUUCGAAAGUACAACGGCGACCCUUUUCAAUAGUAGAACAGUCAGGCAGCCCAGCUAUCCGGAGUAGACGCUUACCUCCACCACAACUUUCGAGCGAGAGAAGGGCCAGCAUGAGCCGUCGCGUCCCAAUCGAGUCCCAAAGUGUGGACGCCCCUCUUACAUCCUCCGCAACAUUCCUCGUCCUCACCAUCAACGACCAACCAAACUCCGUCUCCACAGUCCGCUCAACCCUCGCCAGCGUCGCAGAUCUAACUAAAAACGUGGCUAUCCGUGACCUAAACGCCUCUUUCGCCUGCACAGCCGGCAUCGGCAGCAACGUCUGGGACCGUGUGACCGGCCUCCCGCGACCCGCAGAACUCCACCCUUUCAAGGAGAUCAAAGGCAGCAAGCACACGGCCGUGUCAACCCCCGGAGAUCUCUUUUUCCACAUCCGCUCGGAACGGCGAGAUCUGAACUUCGAGUUUGAGCGGCAGUUGCUGGAUAUGCUAGGGACCAGCGUCAGCGUCGCUGACGAAACUGUUGGAUUCCGCUAUUUCGAUGUGCGCGACUUGCUUGGCUUUGUAGAUGGGACCGCGAAUCCCGUGGGCCCGGCCGUCGAUAACGCGGUUCUGAUCGCGGAAGAAGACGCAGGCGCGACGGGCGGCAGCUACGUCGUCGUGCAAAAGUACGUCCACGAUCUGCAAGCCUGGCGGACGCUCUCAACCGAGCAACAAGAAGCAGUCAUCGGGCGCACAAAGCUAGACAAUGUGGAACUAGACGAUGCGCCAGACGGCCAGCAGCAGAGCCACAAGAGCCUCGCGACGAUCGAAGACGCGGAUGGGAAUGAGCUGGAGAUCCUGCGCGAUAACAUGCCGUUUGGAUCGCCUGGGGAGGGCGUGUUCGGCACGUAUUUUAUUGGGUAUUCGAGGCGGCUGUGGGUCGUCGAGAAGAUGAUGGAGAGGAUGUUUGUCGGGGAGCCCGAGGGGAUGCAUGAUAGGAUAUUGGAUUUUUCGAUGGCGACGACGGGAUCGGUAUUUUUUGUGCCGUCGGCGACGACGCUGGCGGGGCUGGAGGAGGGUUGAAUGGAGGAGCUGUUUUGUGUGUGGGCUGGCUACUUUUGCGACACGUCGUACAGGUUACUCGAUCGCUGGAAAAGCGUCUGAAGGGCUCCAGGCUCCCGGACCCGUAGCUCAAUUGGCCACUGGGGUUUGUUACUACGGAGAUUUUGGGCCACAGGCUGGGACUUCCACAGACGAUAUUGGAUCGAGGUUUGUGAGUAAGAACGCGUUCGCGUUGGCGUGUUGAGCUCUCCUUGUGAAGACCUAGCUCGAUAUUGUAUCUCUCCGCUUAUGAUACUUCUCGUCACUCGUUUGUCUGCUUCCAGCUUCCGUCAGCCGUACAUAGCUGUGGUGGAACUCGAAACCAUUUGACCGGCUUCAUUGACUUCUAACACAAAGCUCAUGAAAUCCAAUGC